AUAUUUUUGAACCGGUUCUGUCGGUCUAGCGUCAUUCAUUCAGUCGGUCCUCUCAAAACUGGACUAGUUUUUUUUUUAUCGCGAGACUGUACGCGAUAAGUGAAGACACUCCGUCUGUGGGGAAGACCACUUGCAAGCAACAGUGUGCGUUCUGUAGCUGUCCAGGCAGAACACAGCAUGGAGCCCAUCAAGGAACAGGUCCAUGCUACGCGGGACCCUGCCGCCAACAGGCAGGAUCCAUUGCAAAGUCAGGAGACAUCCUUCUCUUCGAAAGCAGCAGAUACUGUUACAUCUUGUAUUCAGGCCGAAGUGUCUGAGAUGUGCACAAAAGAGUUUGUGCACAGGCGAUUUCCAUUCACCAAAUGGCUCCCGCAAUAUAAUUUCUCCACUUUAGUUCAAGACGUGCUUGCUGGGUUAACUGUUUCACUGACCUUAAUUCCACAGUCAAUUGCAUAUGCUGAAGUUGCAGGUCUACAGCCACAGUAUGGGCUAUAUGCAUCAUUUAUGAGUUGCUUUGUAUAUAUUUUUCUGGGCAGCUGCAAGGAUAUCACCAUUGGUCCAACAGCCAUUAUGGGUAUCAUGACAAAUCCUUUUGUUGUUGAAAAUGAUAAUCCAGACUUUGCAGUUCUCUUGUGUUUCCUCAUGGGGUGCGUUAUAGUUUUGGUGGGAUUAUUAAGACUUGGUUUUCUGGUGGAGUUCAUAUCACUUCCUGUCAUAGCUGGCUUUAUAUCAGCUGCAGCCAUCACAAUUGCAUCAUCUCAACUGAAGAGCCUGCUGGGAAUUAAAGGGAGUGGUAAUGAUUUUCUGGAGUCAUGGGAAAACCUGUUUAAUAAUAUACAGAAUACACAACCUGGAGAUGUGACACUGGGUGUUUGCACUAUAAUUCUUCUGCUGAUUGGACGGAAAAUGAAAGACUUUGCUGGGAGUCGUCAGAACUCUUCUGCAGUUCGCAGAUUCUUGGGGAAGACAAUGUGGAUAAUUUCAAUAUCACGAAAUUCUAUUGUUGUCAUCAUUGGUAUGCUUCUGGCCUACAUUCUCGAAAGCAAGGGAUUCAAGCCCUUCAAAAUAACAGGUGAGGUUGAAGAUGGAUUUCCACCAUUUGGACUUCCUCCAUUCACUACAGUCUCGCACAACCAAACCCUCAAUUUUGAGGAUAUGGCAAGCAAAUUUGGCACUUCCCUGCUGAGUGUUCCUUUCAUCUCAAUCCUGGAGACUAUUGCUAUAGCUAAGUCUUUCUCUAAGGGUAAAGCAGUGGAUGCUUCUCAGGAGUUAUUUGCAUUGGGCUUUUCUAACAUUAUGAGCUCAUUUGUGCGUUCUUUCCCACUUGCUGGAUCUUUCUCUCGUACAGCUGUGAACAAUGCAUCAGGCGUCAAAACUCCUCUUGGUGGUCUGAUGACUGGUGCUAUGGUCUUAAUGGCACUGGGUCUUCUCACCUCCACUUUUGCGUACAUUCCAAAGGCAACUCUUGCAGGUGUUAUCAUCAGUGCUGUUAUCUUCAUGGUGGAAUAUGAAAUGGUUCCUUUACUUUGGAGGACAAAAAGGAUUGACCUUAUUCCUAUGGCAGUCACAUUCAUAGCAUGCUUGGGAAUUGGACUUGACUAUGGUAUGCUUCUUGGUAUUGGUGUCAAUCUGAUGUUCAUACUGUACAGUUCAGCUCGUCCAAAGGUCCAGGUCCGCAAUUUGACCAUUGAAGCACAAGAAGUGUUGUUGGUGAUCCCAGAACAGGGUCUUGUAUUUCCUGCUGCAGAGUACAUCCGAGAUGCAGUGUUCAGAUCCUGCCUGAUGACAGAAAGCAAUGUAAUAGUUGUUAUUGAGGGAACAAAUGUUCAUCAUAUAGAUUUUACAGUUGCACAGAACAUGGCAAUGCUUGUGGAUGACUUAGAGAUCAAGAAUCAGAAGAUUAUCUUCUGGAAUUGGAAGCAUAGUGCAGAGGUGGUGUGUCGGGGUAUAGAUGCCAAAUUGUCAAAAUAUUUUUAUUAUGAAGGAAAUAUGGAGAGCUUGUUGCAAGGACUGACUGCUGAAAGGGGCCAUAAUGGUACAGGUGACAGCACAAAUGAAACUAACAGCACAUCCUUAGUAACUGAACCAAGUGUGUGAUAUAACACUGGAGCUUUUUAGAAAUCGGGUGAAAUUUAUUGAACGUUUCCAGCCACAUUUGUGCCGUGAUUUUUGCACAGUACAAGUAAGGACACCAGAGCUGCAUUUAACAAGUGUCAACAGAGAAAUGUUUGAAAACAAUUUUGUACUUACAUAUUUUAUGUUUUGUAAUUUGUACAUACAGUGGAAUCUUCUUUUAAUAUCCCUCAAUUUAAGGGUUCCCCCCCCCCCCCAUUUAAGAUUCAGUUUUAAUGAUCUCUUGCCAAUUUUAGUUAAAGACUGUAAUCUUGAGACUUUCGGGGUGAGGAAGUGGGGUGAAGGAGGAAAGACAGCGUCUGUCUUUAUCGCUUCUGACUUCCUGUAUUCCUUGCAAGUCUUAAAAUUACAGUCGCGCACCGUAUCUUGGUGUUAAUUUUCUGUUUACAAUUUUUGUCAGUUAAAUUCUCCCAAAAGAAUCCUAUGUGGAGGUUUAACUGAAAUGUGUUUGUUGUGCUGUGAUAUGGACAUAUUUAUUUGGAGCCACAAACUUACAUUAAUUUACCCAGCAUAUUGUGUAAGGGGGUGAUGUCAGUAUCCAUUUACAAAAGAGUAUAAUUUUUUAUUUAUCUAAUUCUCAUUGAGUACAGUGUUUUAACUGUGCACUUGGAAAGAUAUGCAUUUUCAAAUUGUAGUUUGUUUCAUAUGCAAUUAUGUAAGCUAAUUUUUCAUGAUCAUUUUGUUCAAGUUGUAUUAAUCCCUUUUAAUGAGAAUUCAUUCUCUACUGUUUCUUUUAAUAACUUCUGAAUUUAUACAUGUAGGAAGGUAGGAAGUUUUCACAUGCUCUUCAAUUGUCGGUACAAGUUUGAGCUGCAAUUAUAAGAACAAAACAAAUUUGAGAGGAACUGCCACAUGCUAUUUUAUUCCUAUGAUAAGAGUGGUUAAGUAAGAAUAUAUUGAAUUCUUCAUCCAUACACACAAUUUUAACCAGUUAUGACAGAUGCUUUCUACUGUAGUACAGUAUGCUGUGUACUUAAAGCAUUUAUUGUCCAACUUGUAGUUGAAACAUCCAUGUUCCAUUUUCAGACAAAAAGAAAAGGUUUACAGGUACAGUGGAGUUUCUCAGGUACUUUACAUGAUUUGUAAUAAUUUAUAGAUGUAUCCACUGACUAGCAGCUUUGAAGUAUUUUCAUCUGAAACUGAUUAUAAGUCUGUAUAUUUGCAUAAUACUUGUACAUUUUUAUUUUAGGUCAUUCAGGAACUCAAUGAAGAUAUCCAUUUAUACAAUACUUAAUCUGGAUUGACCACGUAUCCUUUUAAUGAUGUGUAUGGUUAGUUCACAGUAGAAUUGAAGCUUCGUUGUAAGUAAUUUGUACCUGGCCUAAUGAGCAUGUAUGGUACAGUGAAAGUUAUAGAAUUUUAUUGUUAGGGAGCUAUGGUAGCAUUAUAGAAAGUGUAAAGAAAAGUUUUAUGUGCAGUGAUCCACUGUUUUAAAGUUAAUACACAGAUGUUAAUUUAGCUUUCAUGUAGUCUGUUAUUGGUGUAUUAAGGUUGUGUUAAUGUUACUGUUUUAGAUUUGUGUUCCAAAUUACAAUUAUGUCCGUCAUAUUGAUGCUAUUUACAUGCACUUCUCUGCUUAUUUAUUGGAAACUUGAGAAAUAAUAUUUUAAACACGAAGUCUUUUUAAUAAGCAUAUGCUUAAAAUCCAAUGCUUAUUUAUUCUUGGUGAUUUUUUUUAAUUUAUCUGU